CCCAAUCACUAUACAAGUAGUGUCCAUCCUUCCCCCUCCCCUCCCUGGUACCCCCCAAACCUGGAGCAGAGCCAGCGGUCCCAGAAACUCAUUCAGACUUUAGUUCUCUUCUGGACAUCGACCGUUUCACAUCUCCUCUUCUGCAAGCUCGCGGGUUUUUGCUAGUUUCUGAAAAUGUCUCCUUGUAAGGACACUGCCACCCUUCUCUCAAUUCCGGAGGAUCGUUUGGAAGACACACCUUCUUCUCCUCCUGUUGGAACCUGGACUAUCCGUCCUAUAAACAUUCUUCCUUAUCCUCUCCGUGAUCCUUCUCUCAGAUUGAGACUCUCCUUGCUCCUCGUGAUUGCAUCCUUCUCCCUCAUCUCUAUCCUCUGUAUCUCCGUAGAGCUCGUAGUUCGACAUCUUCAACAGCUCAAUACAGAUGCUCCGACCCUAUUACAGCUGGAACUGGAUCAACAACAGCUAACACAGUUUGGACAACAGAUAGAGGAGCAGUUGCAACAGCAGCAACGACAACAACUGGGUCAGCAGUCUGAAUCCAGCCUACUGUUUAAUCUCAAGUUAGUAGAUGAGCCGGGAAGGAUUGUUCUACAGUUUGGACAAGAUGAGACUGCUGAUGUUGAUAUUCUAGAGCAGAGCAGGAGUUCUUUCAAAAACCUAGAGCAAAGUAGCAGCUCUUUAGAGAGCCUGGAGCAAAGCAGAAGCUCUAUAGAGAACCUGGAGCAGACAAAUCUGGUAGACUCCGUCCCAGUAAAUUCUUUUAGUGAUUCCAGUGAAACCAAUGAUGUUGAUGAGAUCAGUGAGGAUCUGCAGAAACUGUGGAGGAAUCGAAGAAUGAGCCGAUAAACUUAAUCGGGAGAGAGAAGGAGAAUACGGAGAAUUCAUUCAGACAGAAACCUUUAAACUUGAGCUUAAGACUGAAAAGUGAAUACACGAAAACUUCAUUAAUAUGUGUAAACGGUUUACAUACAUUCUGUAAAAAAUCUGCUGUAAAUAUUGUUAAAAUAAAUCUAGUUACGAUGUAUA